UAAUAGUCUAGGUCAACUCUUGUAACUCUUUUUUUGAAGUAAUAAAGAUGAAAUAUUUGAGUAUUUUGUGAAUUAUGUGAAUUUAUAUGCUUAUUAUUUAAUUAUAAAGAUAUAAUUAAUAAAGAAUAAAAACAAGCGUCAAAAUUAAAUUGUGAGAUAAACCUGAUAUAAUUACAUAAAGUUGGAGAGUACGUUUCUGCCUACGCGUGGAUAUAAAGAACGUCGAAAACGGAGUUCGUAUGCAAAAGAUACGGCAGUUUUACGAAAAUCAGACAGUAAAACACUGUUUUUCUUUAAUCGCGUAAAACCGAAUCGAUCCUUUGCGGUACUUAUGCUUUGCCGACGGGAUUUCCGAGGGCGUUUUUGGACUCAAGAUAUGGUCUAGUAUUUGAUUUCAUACUCGAAAUAUUUUUAACGAAAAUAUUUAUAAAAGUUGCGAAAAAGGACAUCGAGUGUCGUUUAGACGCAAAACUUUAAGUGCGAUUUCCCGGGGUUCCAUAACUCCAAAAAUUAAUCCGUUCGGGUUUAUGGAAUCCUUGAAUUACCCUCUUUCAUAAGAAAUUUUCAAAAACGCAAUCCGAUGUUGAGAUCUCGAGACACCCGAUUUUGUGUGUUUUGGGCAAUUAAAGGAGGAAAAAAACCCAUGUGGACCCACAUGACUUGCAUGGGAGAAAAAUCCCCAGCCAAUUGCUUCUCCUCUUGGUCUUAUCCACGUGAUCUUCUCCUCAUCCUCACUCUUUUGCUUGCACACUUCAAUUUGUGAGUACAUUGCUUGGCUGGAGGCAUGGCCCAAACUUGUAUGUGAGUGUGUGUGUUUACUAUAAAAUGAGGCUUAGACACCUUCAUUUCUCACUCACAAAAUCUGCCAUCAUCUUCCUCUUCUUCCCCUCUCUCUCUCUCUCUCUCAAUCUUGAUCUCUAUAUCCCUUUCUAUCUCCCUUAGAUUGAAUAACCACCAUUUCCACCACCUACUGUUGUCACAAGCUCCUCCGUCCAGCACCAAUCUUGCACCAUCACUACCAUAUUGGUGCCACCGAAACUAAAUUUUCUCGGAGAUUCAUAUUCACGGAAAUACUACUCGACCUCCUCGCAUCCAUUCCAGAACACUAAUCGUCUAUCGAACGUUAAGAUCAAGAUGGCAAGGACCCGUAGCGGAAACGUGAACGCGAAUGGAGAUAGGAACCAACCCCCAGUGGUUCAACAAAUACCUGUUGUAGAAGAAGUUGCACCUGAACCAGUCACGAUGGCCGGAGUGCAAGCGAUGAUCCAGGCUAUGUUGGAUCGUCAAAUGGAGGAAACUAGACGUUUGCUCCAGCAAAAUCGAGAGGAAGGCACUAUUCAAAUCGAACAGCCUGAGUUGAACGAAGGGCAGACUGAGGAAGGAGACUACAGUGGAACUGUUGGUCAAGUCAACCAACCAAUAGUUCAAGAAAAUAACCAAGAUGACGGAUUCGAGAGAAAUGGAUGCAAGUACAAGUAUUUUCAGACUUGCAAGCCAUCGACUUUCACGGGAAAGGAAGAUCUAAUCGGAGUCAUGGAUUGGAUCUCGGAGAUGGAGUUAGCUUUCAUGACAUGCGGUUGCAGAGGGAAACUACAGACCACGUUUGCAGUGCGUCAGUUUCGAGGAGGCGCUGUACGUUGGUGGAAUACUUUGGGGAAGACUUUAAGCCCCAACAAACCCCUGGAACUGACAUGGGCAGAAUUUCUGGUACAAUUCAAACGAAAGUACUGCUCAGCUCAAAACCUGCUCGAGCUAGAGAACCAGUUUCUAACCCUAAAGAAGGGGAGCAUGUCAAUCGAUGAAUACACGAACAACUUCACAGAAAAGAUGGAAUUUGCCUUGCGUCUUGUUCCGGAUGAGCUGACGAAAAUUGAUAAGUACGCAAAGGGAUUACCAUGGGAGUACGCGGUGCCAGUGCGUCAGGCACCUACUUUGGAGGCAGCUAUCUGGGCUGCCAAGUCUGUGGAGGAUAUGAUUAAGGGAAGAGCUGCCAGCAAAGUCGAGGUUGGCGAGAAAAGGAAAUUUGACGGAUCCUCAAGGUCCGGUAAGAAGGGUAGAUUCUCGAAGUUUGGUUCGAGAGGAGGAGGAUCAGAAGCGAAGUGGUGUGACAAGUGCAAGAAAAAGCACUCUGGGAAGUGUGAUGGAGGGGUCACUUGUUACAAAUGCGGAAAGCCUGGGCACUAUGCCAAUGAAUGCACGUUCACUAAGAAGGUCUGUUAUGAGUGCAACGAGGAGGGGCACAUUUCAAGGGAUUGCCCGAAGAAGAAGGAGACGGGAAGACCCAACAUACCACCGAAGCCGAAGGCAAGAGCCUUCCAGAUGACGCUCGAGGCUGCAAAGGAGGCAGCAGACGUCGCUUCAGGUACCUUUCUUGUAAAUGGUUUGCCUGCAAAUAUACUAUUUGAUUCCGGAGCCAACUACUCCUUUGUAUCACAUAAAUUUGGUGGGAAAUUAGCAUUGCCUAUAGAAAAACUAGAUAAUGCCCUGAUUGUAGAAGUUGCCAGUGGCAAAUUCGUACAUGUUAGUAAUCGUAUUAGGAACAUCGUCAUUGACCUAAACGGAAACGAAUUCCACGAAGAGCUAUUACCCAUAGAGUUAAACGGUUUUGACAUCGUUUUGGGUAUGGAUUGGCUUAGCGCUAACGAUGCUGAGAUUCAAUGCCGGAAGAAGAUAGUAAAGGUGAACCCACCCGGAAAGGAAUCAUUUAUGGUGUACGGGGACAAACGCAGAGUGAAUUCUGGAAUCAUCUCCCUGAUGAAAGCCAGGAAAUGUUUGUCAAAGGGAUGUGCAUCAUACUUGGCAUUCGUAAUCGAUGCCAAGAAGGAGAAGAAAGAGGUGCAGAAUAUACCGGUUGUGUGCGAUUAUCCGGAAGUCUUUCCCGAAGAUCUUCCCGGAUUACCACCUGAUAGACAAGUGGAGUUUCGUAUAGACUUGUUACCAGGAACAACACCGAUAGCAAAGGCACCUUACCGAUUAGCACCGACGGAGAUGAAGGAGCUCAUGACGCAACUUCAGGAGCUGUUGGACAACGGUUUUAUUCGACCUAGUUCAUCACCCUGGGGAGCUCCGGUGUUAUUCGUGAAGAAGAAAGACGGAAGUAUGAGAAUGUGUAUAGACUACCGAGAGCUGAAUAAGGCAACGGUGAAGAACAAGUAUCCAUUACCGAGGAUUGAUGACCUAUUCGAUCAGCUGCAAGGUUCGAGCUACUUCUCAAAGAUCGAUCUUAGGUCAGGAUAUCAUCAGCUAAAGGUGAGAAAGCAGGAUAUUGAGAAGACUGCAUUCAGAACGAGAUAUGGACACUACGAGUUCUUGGUUAUGUCAUUCGGGCUAACCAAUGCUCCCGCAGCAUUCAUGGAUUUGAUGAAUAGGGUUUGUAAACCAUUCCUCGAUAAAUCCGUGAUAGUGUUCAUCGACGACAUUCUCAUCUACUCGAAAAGCCAAGAGGAGCAUGGUAAGCAUCUACGGGAAGUAUUAGAAGUGUUGAAGAAGGAGAAGCUUUUUGCAAAGUUCUCCAAAUGCGACUUUUGGAUACGGGAAGUCCAAUUCUUGGGUCAUGUUGUUAACCAGGAGGGAAUAAUGGUUGACCCCGCAAAGAUCGAGGCUGUGAUGAAGUGGGAACGUCCGAAAAGUCCCACGGAAAUUCGAAGCUUUCUAGGAUUAGCCGGAUAUUAUCGACGAUUUAUCCAAGGCUUUUCUUCGAUAGCUGCUCCAUUAACAGCUUUGACUCAUAAAGGAGCUACAUAUACGUGGAGUGAGAAACACGAUGAGGCAUUCGAGAAACUAAAGAAGAAGUUAUGUGAAGCACCGAUACUUUCUCUACCCGAUGGAGUCGAAGAUUUCGCGGUUUAUAGUGAUGCUUCUGGAGUCGGGUUGGGUUGUGUUCUGACCCAAAGAGAAAAGGUGAUAGCAUACGCAUCUCGACAAUUGAAAGAGCACGAAAAGAACUACCCCACUCAUGAUCUGGAGUUGGCAGCGGUAGUUUUUGCCUUAAAGAUAUGGAGGCAUUACCUCUACGGCACAAAGUGCAAACUCUUCACUGAUCAUAAGAGUCUCCAGUAUCUCUUUAAUCAGAAGGAGUUGAACAUGAGGCAACGACGCUGGCUAGAACUUCUCAAGGACUACGACUGUGAGAUACUUUACCACCCAGGUAAAGCAAAUAUUGUUGCUGAUGCUCUCAGUCGGAAAGUCAAUCUGGAAAGGAAAAGGCCAAGGGCGUUAAGAAUUGAAGUCGUCUCGACGAUUGUCGAAAGUAUCAGGAAAGCUCAAGAAGAAGCUUUAGAGAAAAAUGACCGAAAGGAAGAACGUUUGGGAAGAACGUUAGUGUUCGGUACAAACAGUCGUGGACUGAAGGUAUUCCAAGAUCGAAUUUGGGUACCUAAGACGGGAGGAAUAAGAGAUCUUCUGAUGGAAGAAGCACACAAGACCAUGUACUCGAUUCAUCCCGGUAGCACUAAAAUGUAUAGGGACCUAAAACCCUACUACUGGUGGCCGACGAUGAAGCUCGAUGUUGCGAAGUAUGUGGCCGAGUGCGUAACAUGUGCGAGGGUUAAGGCACAACAUCAGAAACCGUAUGGGAGUUUAGAACCUUUACCUGUACCCAUGGGUAAAUGGGAAGACAUCACCAUGGAUUUUGUGACUAAACUGCCCAGGACGAAGAACGGUCACGACAUGAUUUGGGUAGUCGUGGAUCGUUUCACCAAGAGUGCACACUUCAUAGCAGCCAACGAGAAGUGGUCUAUGGAUAAGCUCGCAAAUGCUUACGUGAAGGAAAUUGUAAGACUUCACGGUGUUCCUCUUACGAUUGUAUCAGAUCGUGAUAGUCGUUUCACGUCAAGGUUUUGGAGGAGUCUACAAGAGGAGUUAGGUACAAAGUUGUGUUUGAGUACUGCUUAUCAUCCGCAAACUGAUGGUCAGAGCGAAAGAACGAUUCAAACAUUGGAAGAUAUGCUAAGAGCAUGUACCCUCGAAUUCCAAGGAAAUUGGGACGAGCACUUACCUCUGGUAGAAUUUUCCUACAACAAUAGUUUUCACUCGAGCAUCAAGAUGGCACCUUACCAAGCCUUGUAUGGACAGAAGUGUCGUACGCCGUCUUGUUGGCUUGAAGCCGGAGAGAAGCAGUUUAUGGGCCCCGAGAUAGUCCAUGAGACUGCUGAGAAGUUGAAGGUGAUUAGGGAAAGAAUGUUAGCAGCCCAGGAUCGUCAGAAGAGCUAUGCUGACAAGAAAAGACGACCGAUAACCUUCGAAGAUGGGGAUUCCGUUUUGCUUAAAGUCUCACCGUGGAAGGGACUUAUAAGAUUCGGGAAACGAGGAAAGUUGAGUCCAAGGUUUAUUGGACCAUUCAAAGUUCUUCAGAAGAUAGGGAACCAAGCUUACAAGUUGGAAUUGCCCGAAGAACUCAAUGGUAUUCAUAACACUUUCCAUGUGUGUUAUUUGAGGAAAUUCACGGGAGAUGUUCCCGACAUAAUUCCAAUCUCAGAGUUAAGGAUGGAUGAGAAUAAAAGGCUGGUCGAAGAGCCUGAGGCAAUUGUUGACCAUAAGACUAAGAAGUUACGACGCAAGAUGGUCGACUUGGUGCUAGUCCGAUGGAAACAUUCGAAUGGGCCGAAUCUCACUUGGGAAACAGAGGAUGACAUGAUGAGUCGCUAUCCACAUCUGUUUGCUGAUGCAUGAUUCCGGGACGGAAUCAUCCUAAGGGGGAGAGAAUUGUAACGCCCGGGUUUCAGGGCUAAGCAUUUUUGUCAAUGUAAUAGUCUAGGUCAACUCUUGUAACUCUUUUUUUGAAGUAAUAAAGAUGAAAUAUUUGAGUAUUUUGUGAAUUAUGUGAAUUUAUAUGCUUAUUAUUUAAUUAUAAAGAUAUAAUUAAUAAAGAAUAAAAACAAGCGUCAAAAUUAAAUUGUGAGAUAAACCUGAUAUAAUUACAUAAAGUUGGAGAGUACGUUUCUGCCUACGCGUGGAUAUAAAGAACGUCGAAAACGGAGUUCGUAUGCAAAAGAUACGGCAGUUUUACGAAAAUCAGACAGUAAAACACUGUUUUUCUUUAAUCGCGUAAAACCGAAUCGAUCCUUUGCGGUACUUAUGCUUUGCCGACGGGAUUUCCGAGGGCGUUUUUGGACUCAAGAUAUGGUCUAGUAUUUGAUUUCAUACUCGAAAUAUUUUUAACGAAAAUAUUUAUAAAAGUUGCGAAAAAGGACAUCGAGUGUCGUUUAGACGCAAAACUUUAAGUGCGAUUUCCCGGGGUUCCAUAACUCCAAAAAUUAAUCCGUUCGGGUUUAUGGAAUCCUUGAAUUACCCUCUUUCAUAAGAAAUUUUCAAAAACGCAAUCCGAUGUUGAGAUCUCGAGACACCCGAUUUUGUGUGUUUUGGGCAAUUAAAGGAGGAAAAAAACCCAUGUGGACCCACAUGACUUGCAUGGGAGAAAAAUCCCCAGCCAAUUGCUUCUCCUCUUGGUCUUAUCCACGUGAUCUUCUCCUCAUCCUCACUCUUUUGCUUGCACACUUCAAUUUGUGAGUACAUUGCUUGGUUGGAGGCAUGGCCCAAACUUGUAUGUGAGUGUGUGUGUUUACUAUAAAAUGAGGCUUAGACACCUUCAUUUCUCACUCACAAAAUCUGCCAUCAUCUUCCUCUUCUUCCCCUCUCUCUCUCUCUCUCUCAAUCUUGAUCUCUAUAUCCCUUUCUAUCUCCCUUAGAUUGAAUAACCACCAUUUCCACCACCUACUGUUGUCACAAGCUCCUCCGUCCAGCACCAAUCUUGCACCAUCACUACCAUAUUGGUGCCACCGAAACUAAAUUUUCUCGGAGAUUCAUAUUCACGGAAAUACUACUCGACCUCCUCGCAUCCAUUCCAGAACACUAAUCGUCUAUCGAACGUUAAGGUAGUGGCGCAUGAGCAUAGGUGUGAUGUUUUGGACGAGGGAUUACGGAUAUAGGCCUGUAGAUAUGAAAUAAUGUAGUAAGGCUUAUAUUGUACUGUUUAUGCUUUUGAUCUGUACGAACAUGACAUCCCGAGUCUUUUAAUGAAAUACAUUUCUAUGGAAAUGCUUUUGAUAAAUCUUUAUCAUAUUUUUGUUUUGGGACAAAUUCCGCAACACUUUCAUUUAAAAUGUAACUCUGAUUUUUAAACAAAGCAUAAACAAACCGGUCUUUUGUGGCCGUGAUUUUGGGGAUGUCACAAUUAGUUAGUGGCUAGGUUGUAUGCGCUUUAGAGGUCUGGGAGCACAACCUAGCCCAUAACUAGUUGGGCCUGAACUGGGUUGGCUAAAUCAUAAUCUAAUUGUCUAUUGACUAGAUAUAUAAAUAGAGCACCUCCUCCUCCACAAGGAGGAUCUCUCAUUCUCAGACAUAAGCCUCCAUUGUAUAAAUACACCUUUCCCAUCAAAAUAUUUCUCCAUAGAGGAGAAACCAUCUCCCAUACACAUCGAUCUGACUUGACUGUUGGAGUAUGCUUUUAGACACAAUCCCUAAGACAGUUCUAACAAUUUUGUUCUUUGAUGGAAGGUAGAAAUCAAGUCAGGAACCCGCUUAUGACACCUACUCCAGACCUGACACCAAGACUCGAUAACCCAAUUCUUUGUCACAUCAGUGGAUCUUAUGAUUACUUGCACUUAACAUAAAUAACCCAAUAUUACAAAAACGGGUAAGGAACUUUGGUUUGGUCAUAAUAAGGUUCUUAUACUGUGCCAUUAAAAUUCCCCUGUCGGUACUAAUGGUGUUUCGGUAGAAAAUUCAUACAAAACAUGCUUAUUAGAUUAAACCUUGAAACGAUAAUGGAGGAAGACGAGAGGAGAGAAGCAGCAAUCGCAUCAGCUGCGUGUCUGAACCCUAAAUUCAAGCCCUCAUCUGCUGUUGCCCAAGCUCGCCUUUCAAAAUUCCAGGAACUGCACAAGAGGCGAUUACAGAUAAAAGAAAAAUCCAAGGUCAAAAAGAAAUCACAAGGGAAGGCAUCUAGGCCAAACAGAUUAGAAGAGAAGGAUAGCCAUGUUGAUGAAUUUGCAGCAAGCAAAAUCCCAUGUAAAACAGCUGAAGAUACAAGCAGUUCUACUUCUACCUCAUUAGAUGUUUCUUCAAUGUCAAAACCACAAAUACCAUCAAAGAAACCAUAUAAGUUACACUGGGGGCUUGACACCAAAGAAAGAUGGGAAAGGAAAUCCAACAUGUAGUCCAGAGAUCAAGAUUCUUAGGAUCACUGUGUAAUGUGUUUUCACUUUUCCGUUCAGUUCUGAAGGGAUAAAUGAUGUAUGUUUGGAGUAAGUAACAAGUGUCAAAUACACAAAGAAUCUCUUUUUGUUUGAAUAUGAGUAAAUGACCGUUUUACCCUUCUGAAUGAAAAACUGUCCUAUAUAUCUAUAUGCAUAAAGUCCUAUUCUCAUUCAGUAAAAAAGAAAAACAGUUUAGGGGUUUCGUUUUCUUUAACCAGUAGUUGAAUAGGUAAUGACCGUUUUACCCUUACAAUCUCGAAGUAAAUAUCACAACAUUCAUCAAAUUUUUACUUUGAUAUAUCUCAAGAAACACUGAAAUCCCAAAAGUCAAAUGUGUCAAAAAAGUGCCCAUAGUAUCAGAAAAUUUACAAUGUGAGCACAGAUUGCAGAAACUAACUUAUUAUUAAUAUGAAGAUGAACACCUAAAAAUGUGCAUAUAGAUAUAGUGAGCUAUAUCUAUAUAUGUUAUAUAGCUGGGCUAAGUUCACGUUCAAUAUCUUCCAAAGAUCUCCCCUUUGUUUCAACAACAUUGGCAGCUAUGUACAUAACUGCAAGAACACAAAUCGAUGCAAAUCCCAGGUACACUUUGCUUAUCCCAAAUUUAGUCACCACACUCAAGAAAUACAACCCAAUUACAAAGUUUGAUAUCUGCUCAUUAAAAAACAUCACCAUUUGUUAGUAAAAAUAAUCAUUUUUUAUUUUUUUAAAAAGAUUGAACAUAAAAUAAACUUACCCAAUGCAUUCCAAGUGAUAAGGCAACUGCUUUUGCUCUAAUUCUGGAGGCAAAUAUCUCUGGUAAUAGUAGAGCAGGAACAGGUCCAGCACCAAGUGAAAAUGAUAGCACAUACCUAAAGAAUUAAUAAUUAAUAUGUUGUGAUUAAUUAUAUGAAUAAAUUUAUAUAAUUUGUUAAAAAAUUGAACUUACAAAAUAGUCCCGAUGACAGCAAGUGGUCCGGAAUAUGGUGCUAAAACUUUCCAAGUGAAGGAUAAUGAGAGCAGCAUCAUGGAAAUAGCCUUGCAGACAAAACACGUGUAUCAAAUAUUUUUUAAAUGUUUUUGAACUUUAUAUAAUUACAAAAAUGAUAUUUAACAAAAUUCACCAUCUUUUUUUUACCAAUUUAAAUCAUGUGCAUACCAUUCCAGAAAAGCUUGUGAUGAGAAGACUUUUCCUCCCUUGUUUAUCCAUCAAAGAAGACGCAAUCAUUGUGCCUGAAAUUAAAAUCAACUUCCAUCCUUCAGAAAAAAAAAAAAACAACAUUUUACCAUUUUCCAUCUCCAAAUUUAAAAACCAAAAAAAAAAAAGUCAUCAAACCAAAAACAUUCGCAGCUCCAACAGCAGCACUUGCUGCCACAUCAGAUGCAACGCCAGCUGUACGGAAGACAGAAGUGGAAUAAUACACAACCGCAUUUAUUCCAGCCAAUUGUUGGAACAAGAAAAGUGCUGCACCAACACUCACAACUGCCAUCAAAAAAUAAAAAAUAAAAAAUAAAAAUGUUAAGUGUUUUAUAAUGGAAUUAAAUUAUUAAAUGUAGUGAUUUGAUUUCACCUUUGAAAUAGCGGGAACUGAAAAGGUCAAACCAACCAGCAUCUUGUUCUUCUGAGCCUUGAUUGGAUGCACUCAAGUCCGCCAUAACUUCGGUGACCUUCCCCUCACCGUAUAAUGUCUUUAUUGCUUUUUCAGCAUCCGAGAUUUUCCCAUGCUGAACAAGCCAACGAGGGGAUUCUGGAGAAAAUGCCAUUCCAAUUGCCAAUAGAACUGAAGGGAUCACUGCAAUACCAAACAUUGUUCUCCACCUGCAAAACAAAACAAACAGACUGAGUACUCACAGGACAGAACAGAACAGGCUGUACUGUGUUUUGAAAAUAGUGGAAAACGUUAAAUCACCAUAGAGGGUUUCCGGCUAAGGGUAGUCCAGCUACCAAAGCUGCAAGGAUUCCAAUGCAAAUGAAUAGCUGGUUGAUAGAUCCAAGUGUGCCACGGAUUUCGGUUGGUGAUAUCUAAAAAAAAUAUUUAAUGUGAGAAAUGUAAAGUUUUUGAAUAAAAAUGUAGAAUCUUCUUUUUACCUCGGAUAUGUAGAGAGGGACAAUAGCAGAUGAUAUGCCAAUUCCAAUGCCAGCAAGCAAGCGGCCUAUGAUCAUGGUUUGUACAUUUGUAGCUGUGGCAC